AUGUUGAGUUCCAAGCUACUAAGAAGAUUGCUAUCAAACAUGGGUGACCUGUUCAAUACUAAGAUACUUAAAGUAAAUCCGCAAUCUAUACAUUUCUCAGCAAACUCAAUAUUUGAUGGAUCACUACCACAGGUAUCAGACCCUGAGACGGAAAAGGCAUUAUUGGAAGCGGCCAAGAUCAUACGAGAUACCAAUGACACUGUAGCAUUUCCGACAGAGACAGUGUACGGUCUUGGUGGCUCGGCUAUGAACGAUGAGUCUGUUAAAAACAUCUACAAGGCAAAGAACCGGCCGGCCGAUAACCCACUGAUAACACACAUUUCUUCAAUAGAUCAACUGAACAGAAGGAUAUUUAACGAAUGGGACCUGCCAACCACAUCCAUCUUACAGAAUGUACCCAAAAUAUAUCACCCACUGAUCGAAAAAUUAUGGCCGGGUCCGUUAACCAUUCUGCUUCCUAUACCACGGACACACGAUUCAUUAUCUCAAUACACCACUGCAGGGCAGCCAACGUUUGCCCUUAGGAUCCCUUCUGACCCUGUAGCCAGGGCACUGAUUGCAUUAAGUGACACGCCGAUUGCAGCCCCAUCUGCAAAUGCAUCGACGAGACCAUCACCAACAAAAGCAUCUCACGUUUACCACGAUUUACAGGGGAAAAUUCCUUUGAUUCUUGACGGGGGUUCAUGCAAUGUUGGUGUAGAGAGCACCGUAGUCGACGGUCUGUGCGACCCACCUAUGCUCUUAAGACCGGGCGGUUUCACAUAUGAGGAUAUCCUAAAAUUAGGUGGGGCAGCUUGGCAAGAUUGUAAAGUAGAGAAUAAAAAUAAUGUAGCACUUCACGAGAAAGUGAGGACACCAGGCAUGAAAUAUAAACAUUAUUCACCCAGUGCGACUGUGUUGCUCCUAACUCCAACGAAGUCAAAGUCAAAGGCAGGAAAGCUGCUGAGCUUUCAAUCCAUUGUUCAUGACGAAUAUGCAAAACAGAGCGAGUCCCAUAGUAUCAAAAAAAUUGCAAUUUUAACCACUCAUUUCCUCGAUAGCAUACAACCAAAUGAUAUUCAACUUCCUUGUGAAACCGUCAUUUUAAGUCUUGGAACCACAGGCGAAGACAUUCAAGCGAAUCUGUUUUCUGCCUUGAGGAGCGUCGAUGAAGAAGAUAAUGUCGAUUUGAUUUUUGUUGAGGGAAUUUGUGAAGAAGCUGAAGGAUUAGCAGUCAUGAACAGGCUUAAAAAGGCUGCUGCUGGAAAUUGUGUUCCGUUUUAA